GCUGGUGCCCGCUUAGCAGCCACCCGCAGUCGCAGCAGCUCUCGCCGCGCCUCUCCAUCCGGUGCGCCCUUCUUGGCCCGCGAACCCCGCGCUGCGCUCGGUCGCUGUUAUGUGUGCCGCCCGGAUGCCACCCUUGGCGCACAUCUUCCGAGGGACGUUCGUCCACUCCACUUGGACCUGCCCCAUGGAGGUGCUGCGGGAUCACCUCCUCGGCGUGAGCGACAGCGGCAAAAUAGUGUUUUUAGAAGAAGCAUCUCAACAAGAAAAGCUGGCCAAAGAAUGGUGUUUCAAGCCAUGUGAAAUAAGAGAACUGAGCCACCAUGAGUUCUUCAUGCCUGGGCUGGUUGAUACACACAUCCAUGCCCCUCAGUAUUACUUUGCUGGGAGUCAUGUAGACCUGCCGCUUCUGGAGUGGCUGACCAAGUAUACGUAUCCUACAGAACUCAGAUUCCAGAGCACCGAUUUUGCUGAAGAAGUGUACACUAGAGUUGUCAGGAGAACACUGAAGAAUGGAACAACCACAGCUUGUUACUUUGCAACAAUUUACACUGACUCAUCUCUGCUCCUUGCAGAAAUUACAGAUAAAUUUGGGCAGCGGGCAUUUGUGGGCAAAGUCAACAUGGAUAAGAAUGACACUUUUCCAGAAUAUAAGGAAACCACUGAGGAAUCAAUCAAGGAAACAGAGAGAUUUGUGUCAGAAAUACUCCAAAGGAACUAUCCUAGAGUGAAGCCCAUAGUGACACCACGUUUUGCCCUUUCCUGCUCUGAGACAUUGAUGCGUGAACUUGGAAACAUUGCAAAGACCCACGAUUUGCACAUUCAGAGCCAUAUAAGUGAAAAUCCUGAUGAAGUUGAAGCUGUGAAAAACUUAUACCCCUGUUAUAAAAACUAUACAGAUGUGUAUGAUAAAAACAAUCUUCUGACAAAUAAGACAGUGAUGGCACAUGGCUGCUACCUUUCUGCAGAAGAACUGGAUAUAUUCAGGGAACGAGGAGCAUCGAUCUCAUUUUGUCCCAAUUCUAACAUAUCGCUCUGCAGUGGUUUUCUCAAUGCGGUGGAAGUGCUGAAACAUGACGUGAAACUAGGGCUGGGUACAGAUGUGGCUGGUGGUUAUUCACCUUCCCUGCUUGAUGCAGUCAGAAAAGCAAUGGUGGUUUCCAAUACACUUUUAAUUAAUAAGAUAAAUGCAAAAGGCCUCACCGUGGAGGAGGUAUUCAGACUAGCUACUCUUGGAGGCAGCCAAGCUCUAGGGCUGGAUAGAGAGAUUGGAAACUUUGAAGUGGGCAAGGAAUUUGAUGCCCUUUUGAUCAAUCCCAAAGCAUCAGACUCUCCCAUUGAUCUGUUUUAUGGGGAUUUAGUUGGUGAUGUUUCUGAGGCUGUUAUCCAGAAGUUUCUCUAUCUAGGAGAUGACCGAAAUAUUGAGGAGGUUUAUGUGGGUGGAAAGCUAGUGGUUCCCUUUUCAAGCUCAGUCUAAGACCCUCAGCAUCUGCGAGUUUUCCUGGAUGACAUGGUUCUGCACCUCCCUUGUGCCCAGGAGGAGUUAGAAAGUUAAAAAAUAGUACCUUGUUCUUGGGAUGAUUAUCUCUUUGUGUGUCUACUUACAGUAUUCACUUGACAAAUUGAAGGAAGUUGCACUAAUUUUCAGUUCUGUGGUCGGGAGGAUUAAAAAUUUCUCCCUUUUGAGCUGUUCAGAUUUACUUUGAGCUUAAACAUAAGAGAAUGUUAUUACUAGUGCUGUUCUUAUUAUGAGAUUUAAGUAAAAUCUAUUGCAUAUUUGGAAAUGUGGAGAAGAAAGAUAUUCCUAUUAGGUUAGAUAUUUUGAGCUAAAUAAGUGUGAAAAUUAGAUAUGGAAAAUGAAGCGGUGAGUAUAUUUUUAUGAGAGAGAAAAAGACUAUGAACAAACAUUGGAAAAAUCACUUCAGAUUGUUUGCAAAUUAUAUACUGAGCUUACUAAUUUAAAAAGGGAAGUUAUUGAAUUUUUAAAUGUAUUUCCAGAUUGACUUUGUGUUCUGGAAAAUUGCACUUAAUGGAAUUUGUAUUUCAGAGGUUAGUUAUUGUUGUGCUUUGCCUUCUUUGGGGAUGAAUCGUCAGAAAUUGAAUGCCAUGUGCUUUCUUACUAUAGUUUUGUGCUUCAAAGUAUUUGACAGAAGAUGGAUAUUUAAAGUCUCUUAGGACUAUUAUUCGUGUAACUACAUGGCAUAAAUAGUUGUAUGUGUGUGUACUUAAUGUAUAACUAUGUGAUGCUAUUAUUACUUCAGUUUUAUUAUAAAUGAAACAAAGCCAACACUCCACUGUUGUGUAGACUGGAAUCUUCAUAAAUUGGAGCAACAGAAGCUGUCAAUACUAAAAGCAAGGGUUUCGUUACAAUGACUUAUUCUCCCCAAGAAUUAAGCCAUAGUUGCUGGCAAUUUCAUACUCAGAUCAAUCUGUUAAAACUUUCAAAUGAAGGACAAAUCCUAUUAAAAGAAAUAUUAAAAAUCUUUAAACCCUGCAUAUUGAAAGCACUCUAUUUUUCAAUUUUAUCCUAUUGUCUUUUUAAUUCCUAAUAAUUUUAGGGCAUUAGAAUUUUGGGUAAUGAAAAAUAGAUACCUCACUUACUGUUUGUAUGAAUAGGAUUUAAUCUGUACUAGACAUCUAGAAACAUUAAACAAAGCAAAGAGUAUUUUUACAUUUCCUGAGUACUUUUUCCCAUAACCUUGAAUUAAAAACCAAUUAUGACUACGAUAAGUCCUUAAGAAAUAUUGAUGUGAAUGUUAUUUAAAUACUAUACUUUUUCUAAUUUGAUUUCAAAUAAUAUAAAUUAAGAAGGAAAAGGAGUAGAUUUUCUUACUAUUUUAUAACACUCAUACCUAGGGCUUAGGUUUGACCUCCUAAUCAUUAUCUUAUAGAUGAGAAUUUUAUCUUAUGUAGCUAACUCCCCGUAAAUAGAGCUAAGAAAAUUCCCCCUCUUGUACAAUAAUUUUUAUUCUUACCUAAUUAUGCUAUUCAGCAGUACCUUACUCAGUUUCUUUUUUUUUUCCCUGCUGGAAACACUUUUAGAUUUGGUCAUAUAUAAGUACCAAACUUGAUAGAACAAACUUUUGAUUUUUUUUUUAAUGACAGUGUUUUAGGAUAUUAAGUAACUCAGUAAAUCUAGCCUCUAGUCUCAGUAGCUGUAUUUGCAGAAUUCUUAAUUCCUGAGCCAAGUCAGAGAUGGUCCACCAAAUUUCUCCCCAUUUUUCUGCAGUGCCAGCAUGUGUUUUCUGCACUCUCUCUCAUUUUCAUGUGAAAAAAAUUUGGUUUCCUGGCGUCUAACCCACAUUAGUGGGCUUAAGAAUUUGGAGGAGGAGUUCAAGAUCCACUAAUAGGCAGCAGCUGUCUCUAGCCUUUGCAAGAUCAAUAAUUUUACCUUCCUUAGGGGUGUACAUUUUAAGGCUGAACAUCAGUUUUCAUUUAGAUUUAGGAUUCAUACACAGUAAAUAUAAAUAAGUUUAGUGUCAGAAACAGGAAGAAUGGCCGUAUACAACAACCCCUUGGUUAAAUGUUAAAUUUAGCCCUGACCAUACGUUAAGACUUGAAUAUUUUUUCUAAUAAAAAUAGAGUGUGUUGAAAUGUUUACAUGUGCUUUGAUCUUCCUGAAUCACUUAGAACUAAUGUGCUUUAUUCUCCAAGUGUCAUGUUCCUGAAUGUUGCAUGUGCUUUAUACAGUACUUUGGGCAUUAGCCAUACAUGGGCCUAGAUGUU